AUGGCCGACCCGUUUAACCCCCCUCAAGGAAGAGGUGACCCAAACUCAAGUGGGUCUCAGGCACAGGCUUCACACGAGACAACCCCUCUGUUGGCUGAUAGAUCAACUGUAUUGGCUUCAAAGCAGACAUCGUCUACUGGUCUCGUUUCUACUUUAAAGUCCAUUGCGCGUAAAUAUUGGUUUAUUCUCGGUCUGGGUGUAGCCAUUAUUCUGGCCGCACAGUUCCCAGAUGUUGGAAGAAAAGGAGGAUAUAUUCGAGCUGAAUGGUCUAUCAAGUGGGGAGCGGUAAUUUUGAUCUUCCUAAUCUCUGGGCUGUCUUUGAAAACCCAGACUCUGGCAGAGACAGUACUGAGAGUACGCCUUCAUAUGCUCAUACAAAUUAUCAGUUUGGCCAUCAUUCCUUUCUUUGUAUUUGGACUUGUACUACUGCUAUUCAAAAUACAAUUGCCCAUCAACUCACUGCUCUUGGUUGGUGUGGUCAUCUCAGCCUCGACACCAACAACUGUGUCUUCCAACGUUGUUAUGACUGAAAAUGCCUGUGGAAAUGGUGCUUCUGCUCUGAUGAAUGCUGCUCUUGGCAAUGUUUUGGGUAUAUUUAUUUCUCCUCUGCUUGUAUCUGUCUUCCAGGGUCCUCUUUUGAGAGCCACGCCAGGAGGAGACAAGGAUCAGGAUGGAAGCAAACCAAUUGACUUUGCUCAGGUGCUUACUCAGCUGGGUCUGACAGUACUUGUCCCUUUAAUCGUUGGUCAGAUCAUUCAAUGGAUAUUCCCUACUCAAGUUGCUCGAAUCAAGGCCAGAUGUUACCUAUCUGAAGUCAGUAGUGUGGCAUUGCUGACCAUGGUGUGGUCAGUUUUCUCAGAUACGAUCUACGCAGGAUCCUUUUCCUCCAUCCAUUCAACCGAUAUGUUAAUUAUCGUAAUCUUGAAUGCAGUACUUUAUAUCUUAUUCUCUGUCCUUUGCUUUGUCCUGGCACGUCUUCCUCUACCAGCUGGUGUUCGUACCCCUUGGUGGAUCGAACGUUUCCGAUAUUCUCGUGAAGAUACUGUGGCUGUCAUGUAUUGUGGUGCAACAAAGACAGUGGCCAUGGGCGUACCGUUGAUUAACGUUAUUUACCAAGAUGGCAACCCUGGCAUGAUCGGUGUACUCUCGACACCUUUGUUGAUGUACCACAUUGAACAAUUGAUUCUUGGAAAUAUUGAAGUGGAGAUCCUUAAGAAUUGGGUUAUCAAAGGCAAGAUUGCCGACGAAACUCUAGUGACAGCUGCUCGCGACGAAGAAGAGCGCGACGCUUAA